AUGUUAUUAUUUGAAUUAAAUUAUCUUAAUAAUUACCCAAGCACCCUGGCAUCUGCGUUCCCGGGAUAUCUGUCGCAGAUCUACGAGCAAUCGAACCAAUUCAAGAAUUUGUACCAAUACGCCAUGGAUUCGCAGUACGCGAACGCGAUGCAAGGUUUGUACGCCGGGUAUCCAGUAAACCAGCAGCAAAUGGUGAUGCCAUCACAGGAACAGUUAAAAUUGUACGCUGAUUGGAUGUCGACCCAAAUGCAUUUUUCCCACGCCCAAAAUGACGCAAGCCAUAUUAACAACAUGAAGAAACAGUAA